AAUCAUACACAGAUUCCCAAAAAGAUGCCACCAGCGAACACUGGCGGAAGUUUCCACCUUCCCUGACUCCACAUCCUCCACAACUACAAAGAUUCCCAUAACACCAAACUUCAAUAACACCAAUUCUUCUUUCAGACAUUUCAUCAAACACCUCCCACACAAUGUCCACCAACUCUACACUCACCCUCUACACCACCACCGUCUCCAACCUCACCAAAACAGACCCAAACCCCUUCUCCACCAAAGUCAAACUCGCCCAACAACUCACCGGCGGCGCAAUCAUCCACGUCACCACCGUUGACCAAGCCAAAAUCGCCGAAUCCGCCGGAGCUUCUUGCAUAACCGUAUCCGACCCAUCACGAAUGCCCGAUCCAUCCCUCAUCAAACAAAUCCAAGCCUCUGUUCCCAUCCCCGUGAUGGCCAAAGCCCGAGUGGGUCACUUCGUUGAAGCCCAGAUCCUCGAAGCUGUUGGUGUUGACUACAUUGAUGAAAAUGAGCUUCUUGAAGCUGCUGACGUCAGCAAUCAUAUAAACAAACAUAACUUUAGGGUUCCGUUUGUGUGUGGGUGUAGUAAUCUGGGUGAGGGAUUGAUGAGAGUGAGAGAAGGUGCUGCAAUGAUUAGAACACAAGGAAACACGUUCGUUAAUACAGUGAGAAAUGUGAGAAAUGUUAUGGGGAAAAUUAGGGUUUUGAGUAAUAUGGAUGAAGAUGAGGUGUUUAAUUUUGCUAAAGAGAUUUGUGCGCCUUAUGAUGUUGUGGCGCAGGUUAAGCAGUUGGGUAGACUGCCUGUUGUGCAUUUUGCUUCCGGUGGGAUCGUUACGGUUGCGGAUGCUGCUAUGAUGAUGCAGUUGGGGUGUGAUGGUGUGUUUGUCGAUUCGGAUGUUUUCGAGUAUUCGGAUGCUUAUGAACGUGUUCGAGCGAUCGUUCAAGCUGUUAGGAAUUAUAACGAUGUUGAUAUGUUGACGGGGCUUAACCUUAGAGGCGCGGAAGGUAGUUACUGAAAUUAGAGUGUUGCUAUACGUACACAAUGUUAUAUAUCAUACGGGCCGUAUAACUUUUGCAGACCAGUUUCAUGUCACGUAUGUCGGCUUUAGUUAAGUUAUACAUGUUGUAUUAGGUUAUACGGGCCGUAUACGGGCCGUAUGCUAUAUAAAAAAUGCUAUACGGGCCGUAUGACCUGUCAGUGGUAUUAUGGUAUUAUGUUAUACGGGUCGUAUGACUUGUCAAGUAGUGUUCAUAUAGCCUUUCUUGAAUUUUUUACAUUAACUAUAACUUUGAAUUACA